CUGGCCAUCUCGGUGAUGAACCUGUGGCCCAGCGUGCGUGUGCGGGUGACGGAGGGCUGGGACGAGGACGGCCACCACGCGGAGGAGUCCCUGCACUACGAGGGCCGCGCCGUGGACCUGACCACCUCGGACCGGGACCGGGCCAAGUACGCCACUCUGGCCCGGCUGGCCGUGGAGGCCGGGUUCGACUGGGUCCACUACGAGUCCAAGGCCCACAUCCACUGCAGCGUCAAGUCAGACCACUCGGUGGCAGCACAGUCUGGCGGCUGUUUCCCCGGCAACGCCCUGGUGACGGCGGAGGGCGGCGCCCAGAAGCCGCUCGGCGUUCUGCGCCCGGGCGAGCGCGUCCUGGAGCCCUAA